AUGUCCCGCAAGCAAAUCAUUAAAGCUGCUAUCAGUAUUGCCGGUACCGCCGUUGGCAUUGCGCUGUACCAAAGAAUCGUAGUUGGCGCCUCUGCGUUCCCAACAGCUUCACUUGUUCUCUCUGAACCUGCGAAAUUCGACACCUACGUUUAUCCGUCCCGAGUGGCCGCAACCAUCUUCGGUGCCGAUGCUACAAACUUUGAUUACCACCUUGCCCCAACCGGUACCGCAGCUAAGGAAGCUCUCGCAGCUCAUACAACAGCCUAUGCUUCAGGCGAUGAGUCUCAAAUCUUUAUCGGCUUUCUAAAUGUGACUGGAGCUGGGACCAUCAUCAGUACCCAAGCCAGCAGCCCGAACCUCCUCUGCAACGAGCUCUCCGGCGACAUGGCCUCUUACGUCUCCUUGUGUGGUAGCCACGCCAUUGUCCAUAAAGCCUUGGUUUCCACGCUUGACAAGCGGUCGUGA